CAUGACCGGAAUAAGUACGUCACAGGGUUAGUAAUGCCGCGUUCAAAACAACUGGGAAUUGGGAAAAAUACGUGGUCAAAUCAUGACUUCUGUGAUCUUCAGGUCGGAACACUAGAAAGAGGCCAGAGUUCUGGGGUUGAAAUUUCGAAUUCCAUGACUGUUUACAUUUAUUUUCCACAGUCGGAGAUCGUUUUUCCCGAGUUCCCAGUUGUUUUCAACGCACAACGAGUUCCUUUGAACGCGGCAUUAUACGAACCUGAGUGCGUCACACAAUUAUAGUCGUUAUGGCAGCCCAUGCUAGUGAGCUUGAAAUUGCUAAGAAAAAUUUAACAGAAGCAAUUGGUGAUAAUGUCAAACAUUACUGGGCGAACUUGAAACUGUGGUUCAAACAGAAGAUAAGCAAGGAAGAGUUUGACAUCGAGGCUCGUCGCCUUUUGGCACAAGACAACGUUCAUGUCCACAAUGACUUUCUCCUGGCCAUUCUCACUCGUUGUCAGAUCAUCAUCUCCACACCAGAGGGUGCUGGAUCUUUGCAAUGGGCAGGUGGCCCAGCCUCCAAGCCUGGCAAGCCCGCCAAAGGAAAGAAGAAGUUCUCCUCCAGACAGAAAUUUGAUCAUCGUUUCCAGCCCCAGAACCCUCUGAGUGCAGCCCAGCCCUUUAGCCCGCGGGAGGCGGGGGGUGAGGAGGACGAACUGAAACUUAGUGCCCAUACCUUGCUGCUGCCCACCCGUGGCCAGCUGGAGGCCCGCAUGAUGGUCACCGCCUUCGAGCUGGGCCUGGACAACGUCAUGGAGGACGCUGUCAGCACCAUGAUCCACGCUGUGGAGAACCACCUGAAGGAUGUGCUGACUGCCGUGGUGUCCAGGAGGAAGGCCUACCGGCUGCGUGACGGACACUUUCUCUACGCCUUCGGCAGUCAUGUCACCCCACAGCCCUACUUGAAGAACAGCCUGGCUGCCUACCAAAUCGUCACUGAAUGCCCACCUCCCAGUGCGUCUCUCCCGGCGGGCCCACCCCCUCAGGUGUCACCAGACAAUACUGAGCAGCAGGCUGCUCUCCUAUUGGCCUGUUCCGGUGACAGUCUCCCUGCGCCCCUCCCUCCUAUCAGCAUGUUUGAUCUCUUGGAAGCUUUACAGGUCCACCGGGGUGUGAUGCCCUCUCACACCAUGUAUGCCCUGAACAUGGAGCGUAUCCUGUCCCGGCUGUGGCACCCAAGUCACGAGGAGCUGGAGCAGGACCAUGUGCACCGCCAACGCCACGCAGGGAAGGACGGCCUGCUUGUCAGCUGAGACACACACAGACGGUCAGGUGGACACGCAGACAGGUCGUGGUUGGGUAGGGGAGAGACAAAUGGAGAGAUGAACACAGUGUUGAGGCACCUAUGUGGGCCCUUUACCCUGCCUUGAAGCAGAGGGAGAGGAUGAUCUCUAAGACUGGAUUAACACUCCACUAGGGGGGCUUUGCAACCAAUUCACCAUGCAACACAACUUUACACUAGUGUCAAUAACGUUUUAGAACGCUUGGUGGAGUGUAAACCCAGCCUUGGAUGCAUAUCGGUGUGGAAGACUCACAGAUCUGUGCUGUAAUGUAGAGACAGAAAGGAAGUCCCAGUGUUGUGGUAUUGUCACAGACAUGGCUUGUUAAGGCACUAACAUGUCUA